GGAACACAUAAUUUGAUGACGUUUAUUAAGUGUUCGUACAGUCUAGUUUCAAACUGAAUUCCGUUGACAAAACUGUUGGAAAUGUCGCAGCAAGGCGCUGCUCUUCAGAUCUAUAAUAACGAAUUAGUGAAAUGCAUCAAUGAUUUGUGUGCAAAGCGUGAUGACCUCAACAGACAGAUUCUCAAGGAGGAGGCAGACAAAAACAAACUACAGAACGACAUCAGUAUCCUCACUGAGCGCUUAGCCAACCUCAAUGAGAGCCUCAGCAAGAACAUGGAGGCCGAGAAAGAGUUCGAGAAAACAAUAGCUGAAACUGAGAACGUUUACAUGAAGGCAUGUAUAAUAGAGCCUUGAUCCGGAAAAAUCAGGAU